AUGUUUGCGCGCACCCUUUUGCGACGGGCCGGCAAUGAGACGUACGGCGGGUGGCCAUGGCCAGCGAAGUUCCCCCUCAAGGGUGACUGGUAUCACCGCUUUAGCCGUCGAGAGAGCAUCGCCGAUGAAACCCGUCAGUACACUGUUGUGGGGGAUAUUUUGGUGCUCUCUAUUGUGGGCUUCUCAAUUUAUCGCGUGUACCAGCUUUACUUCCGCAGCAGCGCGUAUCAGACUCACCUUUGCCAUCUUCGACAGACCCCGCCAGCCAUUGUGGCAAAUGAAUUCAACUUCCAAAACACCGAAAACAACCGCAAGGUUUCGAGGGCGACCCUCGACGAGUACCGAGAAGCCGUGGUGGAGUGUAAAGCGGAGCGCCGCCCAGUUGAAACAAUCAUAUUUAAAUAUUAG